UGUUCAACCAUGUCGACCAUUGAGCUGCUCGCUGCUGAAUGGUUGCGGCUGGAUCAGAAUCCUGAUACCCGUGCUGAAAUCGAGGAACUAGUGCGUGAAAAAAAUACCAAGGAACUGGAGCGCAGGUUGCGGACCCGUAUUGAAUUUGGAACCGCGGGUCUCCGCGGAAGAAUGGCGGCUGGAUGGGCCUGCAUGAAUGGUCUGGAAUAUCUGUUCCACUUAUGUCUUGCAAAGUUUGACUGGGUCAUAGAUAUCAUCGUCAUCCAAGCGUCUCAAGGCCUUUGUGAAUAUGUACGGGCCACCAUUGAUCAAGCUCCGACACGAGGAAUUGUCAUUGGCCACGAUCACAGACACAACUCGGAACGAUGGGCCAAGCUGACUGCUUCCGUGUUCAUCAACUCUGGAUUCAAAGUUUACCUUCACAGAGGCCUUGUACAUACGCCACUGGUCCCAUUCAGCGUUCAAGCUUUGAAUGCGUCGUGUGGCGUUAUGAUAACGGCGUCCCACAACCCUAAGGAUGACAACGGUUACAAGGUCUACUGGGAGAAUGCGGUUCAAAUCAUUGGACCCCAUGACAAAGGAAUAUCAGCAGCGAUCGCAGUCAAUUUGGUGCCCAAGACAUGGUUGAACGACCAGCUUGACUCGUCCUCUCUUUGCGUGGACUGCACUGAAGACAUGAAGAAUCAAUAUUUCACAAAUUUAUUCACACUGAACCUGACCAAAACUUUGAACCAGGCUUCAAAACUGAAAUUCGUCAACACGUCAUUGCAUGGAGUUAGUGACGCCUUUGUUUCUCGAGCGUUCGAGAUCUUUGGGUUCCAUCCAUAUGCUCCGGUCCACGAACAGCAGCGUCCUGAUCCAGACUUUCCUUCCGUUACCUUUCCAAAUCCGGAGGAGAAAGGCGCAUUAGAUCUCGCUAUUAAGACUGCUGAUACCCAGCAAGCGAACUAUGUCCUUUCCCAAGAUCCUGACUCGGAUCGAUUCUGUGCAGCUGAACGCAGAAAUGGCGAUUGGAUCAUCUUCACUGGUGAUCAGCUUGGGACUCUCUUCGCUGCCCAAGCCUUGGACCGUUAUAAAGCUGAGAAUAAGCCCCUGUCAAAGCUUGCUAUGGUAGCAUCCACGGUUUCUAGCAAGAUGCUUGAAAAAAUGGCUCAAAUAGAGGGUUUUAAAUUUGUUGAAUGCUUGACUGGCUUCAAGUUUAUUGGCAAUACAGCCUUGAAUCUGGUGGACCAGGGCUACGAAGUGCCUAUGGGGUACGAGGAAGCCAUUGGUUUCAUGUUUGGCUCUCGAAUAAGGGACAAGGAUGGCGUCGCAGCCACUAUGGCGUUCGCUGAACUGGCUGUUCUUCUUGAAAGUCAAGGGAAAACUGUGUCCUCGUAUCUGCAAGAGCUCUACCAAACAUACGGGUACUUCCAGACAAGCAACAGCUACUUUGUCUGUCGAAACCCCACUAUAAUCGACAAGAUAUUCAAGCGCCUUCGCAACUUCGAGACAGAUACUGGUCGCUCAUACCCUCCAACAAUCGCUGGAUUGAAGGUAACCAGUGUGGUCGAUCUGACAACUGGAUACGACAGCACAAACCCGCCCAGCUACGAGCCGUCGUUGCCGCUCUCAUCAGGCCAUAUGGUCCAGUUUAGGGCUUCUGCGAAUGACACUAAAAUCGUUCUUACUAUCCGAACUAGCGGCACUGAACCCAAGAUCAAGUAUUAUCUUGAAGCAACGGGACAGGAAACUGACACGGUUCACGCGGUUUUAAAGCAAGUCGUGAACGAGCUUGCGAGUGGUUGGAUGGAAGCCGACAAGAAUCAACUCGGUAGACCAUAA